AUGGACAGUUUCAAGAGGGAAACCGAAGUGAUUGGAAAUGACGUUAUUAAAUUAAUAACAUCUCUAUUCAACGGGUGGUACUUGACAACUGAUUACAAAACAAACCCUUUAAUUAUCAGAAAGAGUCUAUUCAGGGAUAAAACAUUCAGUCUUACGGGUUUACUUUUACCUUUGUUGCUUCAAAGUGGAAGUACAUCUAUAUUUUCGCUAAAGCUAAUAAAGGAUGACGACCUACACAUUCAC